AGUAAGCGCAAGGGUUUUUGCUGCAAGGGUUUCUGGGAGUUGUAGUUCCCGUGAAACCACCACCCGUAAAUCCUCACACUCCGUCUCAAGCGCUUCAACCUCUUCUCCCAAGCACGUCUCAUUCAUUCUCUUAGAAGAGCACUCGCCACUCCAGGCUAUAGCUGUAUUCUCAGCUAGGACCGGCAGCCCAGCGAUCCUGCUUUAAUCCAAUUGGAAUCCCCAGGGAGCGGUCCUCUGCCUUGAAAAUCUGUAGGACUGAGCGGACUCCCCGGAGCUUUGCACCGAGUAGGUGCUAAAUAAAUAUGCAUGGAGCCGACAGAUGGAUGGAUGCGUGGAUGCGCUAGUGCCGGCACGCCUCGUUCGCAACCCUCCUCCCUCGGCUAGUGGGUUAAUGGUGCUUCGUCUGGCCAGGCUCCGGAGCAGCCACGUCAGGGUCGCUUCCCCCGGGCCCCGCCCCGGCCGACCCCACCUUGCCGCGCGGCUCCACCCCGCCGCCCCCUUCCCGGCGGCCCCUCCCCGCGCAGGUCCUGACUCCAGCCGCACCUCCUCCGGCUCUGCAGUGGCGGCGAGAAGGCGAGCCGGAGCGCCGGCGGGGUCCGGCCUGAGCAGAGCCGGGGUCGGGGCAGCCGCGAGGACCCCCCUGGAGGCGGGGCCUGUGGGACCGCGAUGGGCGUGGAGAUCGAGACCAUCUCCCCGGGAGACGGGGUCUGCGUCCGGCCACUGUCCGAAGCUGCGGUUUAUGCCGCUUUAGCUGCAACCUCUGGAUUAUCCGCUGCUGCUGACUUCCCAGGAAGGACGUUCCCCAAGAAGGGUCAGAUAUGUGUGGUGCACUACACAGGAAUGCUCCAGAAUGGCAAGAAAUUCGAUUCAUCCAGAGACAGAAACAAACCUUUCAAGUUCAGAAUUGGCAAGCAGGAAGUCAUCAAAGGUUUUGAAGAAGGUGCUGCCCAGAUGAGCUUGGGGCAGAGGGCGAAGCUGACCUGCACCCCUGAUGUGGCAUAUGGAGCUACUGGCCACCCUGGAGUCAUCCCUCCCAAUGCCACCCUCAUCUUUGACGUGGAGCUGCUCAACUUAGAAUGAAGGCAGGAAGGAAUUCGAGGUGGCUGGAGAUGGCUCCCGCUCUCUGGCUCUCUGUCCUAGCCUGCUCUGCCACUGGGACGGCUCCUCCUAUGUAGGGCUCUUGAUCAGUGUGCUGACGUCACUGCCCCUCGACAUUAUCCAUUCUGCCCGCCCGCCCUGCUCUGUAUGCGUCCGCCAUUUAAUUGUUCCCAUACAUCUUUGCUUGAGGAAAUUUAGCGACAGAUCCAGACAUUUCAGGUUGUUUAUUUCGUGUGAUGCAUGUAGUAGCCAUUCCCAAUCCGAGGACACGGACCUUGUUUGCACAAUCUAUUAUUGCCUUACCUGCACUUAAGCCAGACAUACAAGGUGCUCAGACAUGCGCUGUACAUGGUUUCAUGGAGGGACUCGAGCCAGUUACCUUUGCUAUCACUUUCUCCUGUUGGCUGCUCACUUUAAGCAGCUCCCUCUUUGGAAAUACUGUGUAAAAUAAAGGCUCCAUGCUUGGCAUCUUCCUGGCCA